AUGACCACCGACGAGAAUACAGAGAAUACAACUUCGGUUGAGUUCCUUGGGUCUCUUCGCCCUCUUAGCCCUGUUGAAUCGGGAUUGGAACAGGUACCGGACCCGAGAGUUCACCCAUGGAUCCCCCGUCCCGGCAGUGGCUUGGAUUGGGAGAACGGUGGCUGCAGGCGAAAACCUCGAAUCAUAAAUGCCGGCGCCACUCCAUCAGCUGCACUUGGUCCGGGGCACAGCACGAGGUAA